CAUGACUCGUCACCAUCUACCCAUUACGAUCUACCUACAUACCCAUUACGAGAAGAGAUGCCUCAGAUGCCUCAGAUGCCUCAGCUACUCGGCUAGUUUUUGGCAUGGACGGAUAUCUCUUUUAUCCAUUUAUAUCCAGUAUCCGUACACUCGCCACCUACAUAUGAUCGAUGAGGUUGUUAUUAUGACCCUUACCAAAAGGGGUUUCACUAAAAUUAGGUGUAGUUAGAUCAGGGCCCCUCCAAUUCUCGGGGUUGCUAGCUGAUUCGAGAAAACAUGACCGCAGUCCCAUUCAACCUUAUAGCAAAAUAUGUAUCAGGUAGAAGCUGGAAAAGUCGAGAUCAAAGCCGAACUGAAACUCCAGUGGGGAGAUGCGCAAUCGGAUCAAAAUGAAAUCGCCUCAUCAUGGCAGCUGGAAUAGCUAUUUUUAUACCGUUUGCCAUUACUGUACAUAGUACGUGUGCGUACUCGGCCGCAAGAUACCUCAUAACGUCGGAACGAUUUCGACUCUUAGAUAUAAAUAUAUAUGCCAUUUUAUGGCAUGCGCAAAUAAGGCUGCUUGGCUGCUUAGCUGCCUGUGAAAGCUUGUUAAUAUUAGGUUAUUGCACCAUAACUAAACUUCGGAUGUUAUAUGUUAUAUGAAUGAAUUUUGCUGCGCCCGUGCGAAUAAAUCGACAAUGCGAGAGAAGAAAAGAGUUCCCUGUCCAGCUGAGAAUCGAAGCUCGAUGGUAUCUAAGCCUCAUGCACUAGGCCGUAUUUGGCAUGGCCCGAGAACAUUACCACGGGACUUGGAUGAUAAACUACCGAUUAUGUACUGGAUCUAAACGGAUGACAGGUGGGGUAAUGCAUAGGAAACCCUAGUCUCAAACAGUCGGCGCCACUAUAGCGCCGACAUUCCGCGGUUGAAACCGUCGGGUGCGCUCAACAGAUAUAGAAUAUGCAUGUGCGGAAGAUGCCGGAGGGCCGGGGGGCAGGGGGGACACAUGGACCUCUUAAACAACACCACUUAGCAAAAGUGCACUGCGGCAUUAUCAGAUUGCUAAACCCAGAAUGCGUAUUGAGCUCGCAUGCUUACCUCGUGGGUAUUGUGUGUUAUCCCGCUCGAGUAAUGCUAAUUGAGUAAUAGUGUAAGCAAUGGGGUUAGGGAAAUAUUGAGGCCGAGAUUCAGACGAGAAGACGAGAAGACGAAGUAGGAUGGAUUCUUUAGAGCAAUCCGCCAUCUCAACGGUGAUCGAAUUGAAAACUACU